AGUGCAUGAUACACUCGAUCGAUAUAUAAUAAAAAUGAGACAGCCUCGACAGCGUCCACAUUCUCGUUCAUCCUCCUUGUCUUCUUCUCCGUUUCUCUUUCUUCGAUAUCUGGCGUGGGUUGACGAUGCAUUCUAUUCUUUAUCUUCCUCUUGUGCUCGCCGCUGUACAGUUCAGCACUGCUAAAACCUUCAACACCCUCUCGCGCCGAGCAUUGACGCAGAGUAACCUUGCGCAACAUGCAGAAAAUAUCAUCCUAGUAACAAACACUCUUCCGGGUCUCUUCCUCGACAUCGACGUAAGCGACAACGAAGUCAUCGUUCAAGUGGACUUGACCAGUGCGGACCUGGUUAUCGGUGGACAGCUCAACGGGGUGAACAACUCGAAUUUGCUCACCACUGCCCAAGCUGAAGUAGAUUACUCCUUCUUCAACCCUCCAGUGGAUGCUAUCGGAAACAUCCCGCAAACGACGGUAUCCAUAGGCGGCAACUCGGCACAGCAAGCUUUUAUCCUCACCUCGCAAAAUCCCUUCACGGAUAUUGAAAACGCGUUCCCUCAGUCCCAGGCCGUUGGUGUCUUGGGUUUCGGCCCCACCGGGGCAUCGUCGGUUCACAGCGUGCUCGCGAAAAGCCAUAGCCCCAUCGACCAAGUGCUCCUCACCAACGCAACCAACCCAUUCAUCACGAUAUUAUUCCUCGGCUCUGAGCUGGCAAAUGGCUCUUCCAGCCCCGCGCCUGCCGGCUUCUUCUCCGUGGGCGAGGUUAUAGAUCUCCAAACUCUCCUUCCCAAUUUCGGCGGGACCUCGCCGCCUGACCUCUCAGUGAUUAACAGCCGGUCGGCAAUUUCCCUGGGUAUCGAAAACUCGUUCACGGUCGACCAGAUCCUACUUAACGGGGCUAGUCUCCCUGUGGUCAGCUCAAUUCAGGGCACGACCCCCGGCGAAGCGGUCGCUAUCAUUGCCGGGACGUGCCCAUACAACUUAGUGCCAGCGGAGAUCGCGCAGGCAUUCUACAGUGGCGUUAGCGGAGCGACACUCGAUAGCCAGACCGGACUUUGGCAUGUGCCGUGCGGCACGAACCUCACAGUGGAGGUGGUCCUCGCGGACAGCACGGUCGUCAUGGAUGGCGACAGCGUCGUUAUUACCCUUCCGGGCACCUCACAAUGCGUGGGAUCGUUUAAGGUUAAUAGCAACCCUUCCCCGAACUGGGACAUAUCGUUUGGUACCACUUUCCUUGAGAAUGCCUACAUCUUGCUGGGCUACUCUGGCCAAUCUGGCCAGACCCUGACCUCCCCCAUCAUGAAAGUCCUGCCCUACGCAGACAUCGGGGGUGCGGAUGAGUACUAUGCUGCUCUGACAGGCAACACCGCGCCGCAGCCCACGACCACGCGGUUCACCACUGUUACCUUUACACAUACUCCAACAACAACGAUCUGGCUGGGCAGCCCCACGCCGACUCCCACAAGUGGAUCCUCAGCUGAGAAGCUCGCCGGCGCUUUGGACGCCGAGUCUUCGAGCUCUAACGCUCCCAGUGGGAGCGUCGGCGAUCAGCUCAAGCAUUGCCUGCCGGCUAUCAUCGCGCUCGCCGUCGUCGUCGGCCUGUUCUUGGUCGGCAUGAUCGUGUACUACCUCGUGAGCCGCCGGCGCAAGUCCGGCGUCAAACAGUCGGCAUACUCGAACAUCCACUUUGCCGAGACGACCGACCACUCGCGGACCUUGUAUGGGCACGACGAGGACAUGUCCAAGUACUCGGAUCCUUAUACCGACCACCAGUUUUAGUUUUUUUUUCAUUUUACUUUAUUUUCUGUAC